CUCCGCAGGCACGACAAACAUUUUUUUUGAACGGCUUUAAUGAAGACACAGUGAAAACUAUGAAAAAUAAUGAUAAUUCAAGCUAUUUACAUAAAAGAAAAAGAACAGCAUGGCUACACAACAUAACAUGGUGAAAUAAUACAGAAAAUAAAUAAAUUCUUGGCUUUUUAAAAAUGUAUAUAUUACGUACAUAUUGCUGUGUAUGCUUAAUAUUUCAGUUCAUAUUCGUAUUGAAUCUCUCGAAUUAAAUUAAAUGAACAAAUACUUUGUUUCUAAUGUUUUGACAGCCCAUAUGUUUGAUUCAAUUUUGAGUUCAUCUUAGUUUUAAAUGAUUACAAACAUGGCAUAUUUACAUCUCUCCCAUCUUGAAAAUGAGAAUACAGAUGCAUAUCUACGGUGGCCUGCAAGUGCAAGACAAUUUAACAAAUUGUGAAACACUUUCACAUUUCAUUGUUUUUUGUUUUUGUGAAAUGUUUUAAGUUUUGUUGUUGUGUUUCGUCUUUUGUUUUUGGUUCGUGAAAUGUUAAACCGUAUCUCAAUUUGCUAUGUUUUUCACUUCCAGGCCACCGUACAUAUUACACGUGGGAAUUAAUUAUAGCCCUAUAUUUAUAGUGUACGUAUUAAAAUGACACCCUCGCCACUCCCGGACCGCGGCAACAAAAAGGUCAGUCGUGGCAAGAAGACCCCCCCCCCCCCCCCCCCCGACUCCCAGCCUCCUCCCCUGCAAUCACCGCGGGGGGGACAGAGGUUGGUCGAGUCAGCCGCUCUCGUGAACGCCGCCGACCGUCAUGGCCUCGACUCCCUCCGCCUCGGCCCUCACCUCCGUGCUCCGGUGUCGCGGGACUCUCUGGACCAGGAAUACGCCGAGCAAGCGAAGCUCUCCCUCCGCUUACGGCCCCGCGCUGGCCGCCGGACCUCGGCCCGACGUGCUCGGCCGCAGGGAAAGCUUUUUGUCGGCGUUCGGAUUGGCGGUGCGUUACGACUCGCCACCACGGCUGAGCAGGGGGGGCCACAGUUGGAGGGAUGGGCCGAGAGGUGUCCCGCAGGCGGACGUUCACCCCGCGGCGCCCCGAAGCCUGGAAGCGAGCACCGGGCGGCCUGGAGUAGCUCGUCGACCCGCCGCAGGCUUCGUCGUUACCCGGAUUCUUGGACCGCGUCAAAUUAACGUGUGUCUGAGGGACGCCCGUGCGCAUCCGUGUGAGUUUUGGGGAGUGCCCGGUGACGGGCUAGAAGAGACGCCGUCUUUCGUGGAGGCCAGAUGGGGGACUUUGAGGAGCACCUGCCGCUCUCUCAAACUUCUGCUAGCCCACGUUGUGCUACGGAGGCUUGCCGUGCUCUACGGAUGCGACAGGGGGCGCCAUCGCAAGAUUAAGAGAGAUGAGUCCGGACAGAGGAUCUCCAAAAAUGGACUUGACUAACAGAACCCUGGCCUUGAACUUGUAACCCUGUGACCCCUGUUUUUAAUUUAUUUACGUGCGUAUCAUUUUAAAUAAAACGACCUCAACGUAAGAUCCACCUACGGAACUAUUUGGUUAUCUUGUGUCCACGACUGUCACACGUGGUUGUGCGGGUUCAACCGAAAGUUGCGGCCUGUGCUUGAGUUUUGCACAUUUGGACUUCAAACUGCAGUGUUGAGCAAAAAAAAAAAAAAAAGUUUGCGAACACUUUUGGCGAACGCAGAGAAAUACUUGCAACGAGAGGUAAAAAAAAAAAAAUGUCUUUGUCAUUGUUUGAUAUUAGGAUAACGGAUGUGUGACGUGUGGAAUAAGUGCCUCCAAUCUCUAAACCGCACUUUAAAAUCUAUUACAAUUGAGCCUCUGAUAACUACACAGGGAUAACACAAUUUAUGUCUUUUUUUUUAUGGAUGCAGUUAAUUCUGGGGGAUUUGUAUGGCAAUGACUUGUGGAUACUUUGUUUUUACCGAUUUCCCCCCCCCCAGAUUUUGACAGUUGGCCAAGUAUAACGAUUUUGAACUUGGGUCAUGUUGGUUGUACUUCAACCCACAAUUGCGAUACGGUCGGUGGCGCGGAGGGGACUAGUAAGAGUGUCUGCCUCGAAGUUCUGAGGACCGGGGUUCGAAUCCCUGCCCCGCCUACGUGGAGUUUGCGUGUCCUCCUGGUGCCUGUGUGGGUUUCCUCCGACAUCCCAAAAACAUGCAUUAAUUGGAAAGCCUAAAUUGCCUUUGUUGUGAUUGUGAGUGCGAAGGGUUGUUUGUUUAUAUGUGCCCUGUGAUUGGCUGGCCAUCGGUAUUGCACUGAUGAAUCAUGAAAAGCGCUAAAUCCAAAAAGGACUGUCCUCUCUAUGUCAAAAACUGCAACUAAAACUCCAUUUUAUUCAGUAUUCAUUCAUUGAAAGAUGAAAUGGAGGGAGCUAGGGAAGUAAAUAUGUGCCACCGGGAUUUGAAUUUGAAAUGUAAAGUGAUCACAUUUUCAAUAGUUGUAUUGUAGCCCGCCUCCUGCCCGUUGACAGCUGGGAUAGUCUCCGGCACUCCUCGCGACCCUCGUGAGGAUAAGCAGCAAAGAAAAUGGACGGAUGGAUGUAUUUCAGUGUAACUUUUUAAUCUUAACAAUUCAAUCGGCUACAAUUCGCUGUCUAAAAUUCACCAUCUGUCCCAUCAGUCAGGGUUACUUCAGGUCAGAACCGAACAGCCUGCCAAUCCACUUCUGUUUUGACGUGACGUCACAUGACUAAGAAAGCGUAACUGCGAUUGGCUGGGUGUUCGGUUCUGACCUCAAGUAACCCUUCUUGGUGGCACAGAUGGUGAAUUUUAGACAGCGAAUUGUUGCCGGUUGAAUUUCAGACAGCGAAUUGUAGCCAGUUGAAUUGUUAACAUUGGAAAGUUACUGUGAAAUACAUCCAUCCAUCCAUUUUCUUUGCCGCUUAUCCUCACCAGGGUCGCGGGGAGUGCCGGAGCCUAUCCCUACACCCCUGAACUGGUCGCCAGCCAAUCACAGGGCACAUCGAGACAAAGACUCACAAUCACACUUAGGGGCAAUUUAGUGUCCGAUUAAUAUUGCGUGUUUUUGGGAUGCGGGAGGCAACCGGAGUGCCCGGAGAAAAGCCACGCAGCUAUGAGGAGAACAUACAAACGCCACACAGGUGGGGCCGGGAUCGAACUUGGGUCCUCAACUGUGAGGCUAACGCUUUACCAGUGUCGUCACUGAAAUACAACGAUUGAAAAUGCGAUCACUUUCUAUUUCAACUUUAAAUUCAAUUUUUCUGUGGCAUUUCAAUUUCAAAUCCCAGUGGCACAUAUUUACUUUCCAUAGUUAACCCGCUCAAGUUCUCAGUGGUUCAAUUGUGUUGCAAUUGUUUGCUAUGAUGUUGGCCUGUCAGAGGAAUACAAUGUUACAACGUUACGUACAUAAAUCAGACUCCUGGCAUAGCUGGAAAAGACCCAACGUAAAAAUAGUUGCCACUCCACCUGGAAUGAAUGUGACGCCUUGGCAACAUGAUGAAUGUUUAGAACUUGGAUCGUGCCCGCGAAUCACGAUGUGAUUUUCGGCUGCACCUUUCAGUAACGUCUGCUAAGUGUUGAAGUUGCAUUACGGUAUUAAACGCUACGACGCAAGCAACGCUAAACAUGCCUUUUGUCGAAAAUGAGACGCCCAUAUUGAAAUCUCGUGAUCGUGGUGUGCGUGAUGUCAUCCUCGUUGGCUGCAAGAGCUGAAGUUUGAAUUCAUACAUGGUUCAAAUCAAAAAAGUUUAGUAUUGUUAAAUGAUGGGAACAUUUUCCCAAAUUUUUACCUGCAUUACAGAUAUAUUUCACUUGGUACCCUUGAGUAAAUAACCUAUUACUGGAUAUUAAAACUAUGAACUGUAAAUUAUUUCCUGAUGCACUCUCUCUAUUUACUUUUUGUUUUAAUUCAGUUUUAU